AAGAAAUCCCUCGAGGAAACGCGGGAGUCCGCGCACCGAGAGCAGGAACGAUUGGCGCAUGACAUUGCCACUGAAAAAGCACAAGCUGCAGAAGCUUUAGCGAAGUUGAAGAUGGGAAUGGAAUCUGAGAAGAGCGAACGCGAAACAAGACACGCAGAGGAAAUGGCCAAGCGUGAGGCCGAACUCUCCAAUCUCCGCG